CAAGGCGAUAGCUGUACAAAUACAAAGCAAAGUGCUAUUAAUUCUAUAUUUAUUUUUUGACUGACUGAUGCAUGUACAGUAGCAGUCUGAUCAGCUUCUCGUGUAUGACAAAGGGGUUUCGUUUGGUACACAGCGCAAUGGAGAACACGCGAGUAUCUGUGCUAACCCUACUCCUUUUUGCGUUGAUAAACGGCUAUUGGUGUUUGGAUGUAACCAUUUUUAAAAAUCCUGUGAAGAUUGGGGAUGAUGUGGUGUUUGAGAUUAACCCCCCCUCAGUGCCACAAUCAGGAUCCUGGAAUUCACAGACGCUGUUGGCCUUUUGGGUCGGCUCUAACGUGGUUUCAGGCGUUGGAUAUAAAGGGAGAAUCUCUGUGAAUACUUCCACUGGAUCACUGACGCUGAAGUCUGUAAGACUCAGUGACUCUGGAAAUUAUUUUGUUCAGGGUCAAACCACAGAUGGAGUUGAAUUCAGUGGAAAUACUACCUUGACUGUUUUUGAACCUGUCUCCCAACCCACAGUCCGCUCCAAUGUGACUGAUCCAGUGGAGUUCAAUGACACUGUCAGUUUAACCUGUACAGCCUCUGGCUCUGCCGUCUCCUAUCGAUGGUUCAAUGGCAGCUCUGUGCUUAGAGACAGUGAGCGGAUUCACCUGAGUGAUGACAAUAAAACACUGACCAUAGCCAGGGUGUUGAGAUCUGAUGAUGGGACCCUGUAUUGCUAUGCGUUUAACCCUGUCAGUAACAGCACCAGCGAGACGUUUCAUCUCAUCGUGAGCUGAUCUUCAGCUCUGGUAGUAACGCCUGUCACAGACCCUGUGAUCAGCAAGGUUGGAGACAAUGUAAUGCUGGAGAUUAACCCCCCUGGAGAUCUAGGUGCAGUGGAAUGGUUUUUCAGCCCUGCAAAGAUCCCUGUGGUGUCAUGGGUCGGAUCAGACCCAGUCAUAGGCGCUGGAUAUGAGAACAGAGUCACCCUGAACACAGCUACAGGAUCAGUGGAGCUCAGAUCUGUGAACCGCAGCGAUGCUGGAGUGUAUACAUUUCAGGGCACUACCUUUACAUCAGGAAGAGAAACGUUCAAUGGAAGUGUUACCUUGAGAGUUGAUGGAUCUUCAGCUCUGGUAGUAACGCCUGUCACAGACCCUGUGAUCAGCAAGGUUGGAGACAAUGUAAUGCUGGAGAUUAAACCCCCUGGAGUUCUAGGUGCAGUGGAAUGGUUUUUCAGCCCUGCAAAGAUCCCUGUGGUGUCAUGGGUCGGAUCAGACCCAGUCAUAGGCGCUGGAUAUGAGAACAGAGUCACCCUGAACACAACUACAGGAUCAGUGGAGCUCAGAUCUGUGAACCUCAGCGACGCUGGAGUGUAUGCAUUUCAGGGCACUACCUUUACAUCAGGAAGAGAAACAUUCAUUGGAAAUGUUACCCUGAAAGUUGAUGUAUCUUCAGCUCUGGUAGUAACGCCUGUCACAGACCCUGUGAUCAGCAAGGUUGGAGACAAUGUAAUGCUGGAGAUUAAACCCCCUGGAGAUCUAGGUGCAGUGGAAUGGUUUUUCAGCCCUGCAAAUAUCCCUGUGGUGUCAUGGGCUGGAUCAGACCCAGUCAUAGGCGCUGGAUAUGAGAACAGAGUCACCCUGAACACAACUACAGGAUCAGUGGAGCUCAGAUCUGUGAACCUCAGCGACGCUGGAGUGUAUACAUUUCAGGGCAAUACCUUUACAUCAGGAAGAGAAACAUUCAUUGGAAAUGUAACCUUGAAAGUUGAUGUAUCUUCAGCUCUGGUAGUAACGCCUGUCACAGACCCUGUGAUCAGCGAGGCUGGAGACAAUGUAAUGCUGGAGAUUAAACCCCCUGGAGUUCUAGGUGCAGUGGAAUGGUUUUUCAGCCCUGCAAAUAUCCCUGUGGUGUCAUGGGCUGGAUCAGACCCAGUCAUAGGCGCUGGAUAUGAGAACAGAGUCACCCUGAACACAACUACAGGAUCAGUGGAGCUCAGAUCUGUGAACCUCAGCGACGCUGGAGUGUAUACAUUUCAGGGCACUACCUUUACAUCAGGAAGAGAAACAUUCAUUGGAAAUGUUACCCUGAAAGUUGAUGGAUCUUCAGCUCUGGUAGACCCUGUGAUCAGCAAGGUCGGAGGCAAUGUAAUGCUGGAGAUUAAACCCCCUGGAGUUCUAGUUGGAGUGGCAUGGACUUUCAGCCCUGCAGGGAUCCCUGUGGUGUCAUGGGUCGGAUCAAACCACGAAAUAGGCGCUGGAUAUGAGAACAGAGUCACCCUGAACACAACUACAGGAUCAGUGGAGCUCAGAUCUGUGAACCUCAGCGACGCUGGAGUGUAUACAUUUCAGGGCACUACCUUGGUAUCAGGAAGGGAAACAUUCAUUGGAAAUGUUACCUUGAAAGUUUAUGAACCUGUCUCCCAACCCACAGUCCGCUCCAAUGUGACUGAUCCAGUGGAGUUCAAUGACACUGUCAGUUUGUCCUGUACAGCCUCUGGCUCUGCCGUCUCCUACCGAUGGUUCAAUGGCAGCUCUGUGGUUAGUGACAGUGAGCGGAUUCGUCUGAGUGAUGACAAUAAAACACUGACCAUAGCCAGGGUGUUGAGAUCUGAUGAUGGGACCCUGUAUUGCUAUGUGUUUAACCCUGUCAGUAACAGCACCAGCGAGCCGUUUCAUCUCAUCGUGAGCUAUGGACCAGAAUCCCUCACUCUGUCUAUCAGCCCCCAAAAGCCGAUCUAUAGUGCAGGAUCAGACCUCACCCUGUCCUGCUCUGCACAGUCCAGCCCACCUGCUCAUUACCAAUGGUUCUUUAAUGGAGCCCCUCUUAACAAACUGGGCUCACAGUUGAAUAUGGCUCACAUUCAACACAAUCAGACUGGAAACUAUACCUGCUGGGCCUCUAACAAUAUAACCCUCAGAUAUGCUAAGGAAACAAGAGAGAUUAUUGUUGUGGAGCUGAUAACCGUAAAUGUGAAACCCAGCCUUGCACAGCCAAUAGCAAACCAGGCUCUAAACCUGACCUGCGAGGUGCUUGGAUCACAGACUGUUUCCUCAAGGCUCUGGCUGAAGGACGGUCAGCCCUUGUCCACUAGUGACAGAAUAACAUUGUCUGUGGGCAGCAGUGUAGUCUCCUUCAACCCAGUGCUGCAGUCUGAUGAUGGAGAAUAUCAGUGUAAAGCUAGUAACCCUGUAAUUGAAGUGACGAGCCCUGGAUACAUAUUGGAGGUCAAUUAUGGACCAGAGCAGGUAUCUAUUACAGCACCAGACUCAGCAGCUGAAGGCUCAUCUGUAACAUUCACAUGUUCAGCUCAGUCUCUCCCCCCUUGUAAUUACACCUGGUAUUUCAAUGGGACAGAGACUGCCCAGAGCUCGCAAUACAAGAUAGCUUCUGUAAGCAAUGCUGAUAGGGGAAGUUACACCUGUGUAGCCUGGAACUCAGUGACUGGAAGAAACACUUCUGCUGUUAAGGAAUUUAUCGUGACUGAUAAAGAAGAGCCCACAGGUUUGGGGUCCUUGUCUUUAAGAGAGAUCGCUGGAAUUGGCAUCGGCAUACUUGCAGGGGUCACUGGCGUUGCUCUUGGGAUGUAUUUCAGUGUAAAGCUAUGCAGGAACAAUCCACAUGAUCUCAAACCUGGUCCAGCUGAAAGCAGUACAGGUUCUGUCAUUUAUGAAAACUUCGAGGAACCGAGAGCAUCAGUAAUGUAUGAGAACACCACUGCUAUCCGGAGAGCAGGCGAAGCAGAAAACCCGGACAGCACAUACACAGGCUUACAGUUUCCUGAUCAGUCCACAUACAGCACCUUGAACAGACCCUGAUUCAGGAAACAUCACAACAGCCGUACAGCCUGUGACCUCAAGAGUAUUUCUGAAAGUCUUUAUUUAAAUAUUUCUACUACUUCUGCUUCCUGCACCUAAUGACUGUUUCUAUUGUAUUUUUAUAAACACAGACACACACACACUG